AUGUUUCCUACUAGCAAACGAAAUUCACCGUAUGGUGAUGGGGAAGUAUAUGAAUUGGUUGAACAGAACCCGAGCUUUCUUACAAAACAGAGUAACUCAAGUCACCAUAAAGACGAAGGAGAACAAGAACAAAAUGAAAAUGAAAAUGAAGGUGAAGGUAAGGAAGGAACAUCCUUACGACGAUCUGACGAGUCACAAUUUUCUGCCUUUUUUGAGGACAUAGAACAAUGCUCCAUGGGAUCCAACCCUGGUGAUGAUGGUAGUGGCGGCAACAACAAACGUGACUUUCAUGAUGACCCUAUCUUCCAUGCCAUACUACGCAGAUACCACAAGGAAGGUAUUAGUGUUAAGAUUUGUAGUGGAAUCCUGAUAUUCUGUGUCAUUAUUUGGAUUGGGGCAGUUAUAUUAUACUCGCAGCUACAGCCGCUUCAAUUGAUCGAUAAGGUAAAGUGGCAGACCUCGAUUCAAAUAAGCGGCCAAAAUAUUACACUUAAUCGCUAUGAUCCCGCAUUUAACAAUAUUACUUUUGAAAAUUGGAGACGUGGUGAAUACAAAUCCCAUAUGCAACCAGUCGUGUGGCUAGCCGAGAGUCAAUAUCCAAAAGAUAACAAUGGAGGAGGAUUUUAUUUGACUACAAGGAGCAAAGAACAAAUCGUCAUCAAUCAGAUCAAUUCCGGCUAUGAAAAGGUGUUUAUUGAAAACAGAAAAUUUGCUUAUCAAAAUAACUUCUUCUAUAUUGAAGAUUUAGUGCCAAAUCCAGCAAAGGCUAUAGACGAGUUGAAUAGCGUGCAUCUUGUUAAAACAAAUGGCUUAUCUCAAUGGAGACACCUGUCAUUUGCACUUUACUGGCUCUAUAACCCGAUGUUGGCAUCAUUCCAGCCUAUUAAGCCGCCUAGUGAUAGCAAUGGUGAAAAGAGAAACCUUCCAGACUUGGAAUCAUUGGUCAAGUUGCACUUUGCUGAAUUUUCACCUGAUGGGAAAUAUAUUGUGUUUGGUUUCGAGCAUAACUUGUAUAUUCAAGAAUUAGAAACCGAUAAUGUUUUCCAAAUAACCCAUGACGGUUCGCCUGCAAUCUUCAACGGGAAACCAGAUUGGGUUUACGAAGAGGAGGUUGUUGCUACAGAUCGAAUGAUUUGGUGGUCACCCGAUUCGCAAAACUUGGCGUUUGCUAAGCUCAACGAUUCCUUAGUACAUGACGUUGAUAUAAACUAUUAUGUGAAACCUAAUAACCAAGUAGGAAUGCUGUAUCAACAACCAGAUGACAAUCAACAACUUGCACGUGAGUCAAAUCAAUAUCCCUUGCAUACAGCCAUCAAAUACCCCAAGCCAGGGACUAAUAAUCCGCUUGUUACUAUCCAUGUCUGCAAUAUUGACUCAAAAAACAUUAUACAAAUUGGAGAUGAUGAAACUAAUGAUGAAACCAUUGGCCAUGAUUAUAUCUUAUAUCAAGGUGCAUGGAUUGACAAAGAUAGUUUUUUGAUGAAGCAGACGGAUCGUACCAGCUCUUUGGUUUUGAAAAGGCUUUUUCAAUUGUCAAGUUCCGCGUCUACUAUUGUUCAUGCUGAAAAUAUCACCACUGCUUAUGGUGGUUGGACCGAAAGAAUGAAACCAUUCACAGUUGUUAAAAACGGACUUGAAGAAGCAAACAAGUACAUUGACACUGUCGUUGUCGAUGGCAAAAACUAUUUGGCUAUGUAUGAUCUGCCAAGUAGCACUUCUCCGCUGAAAGUAUUUGAUAAAUAUCAAGCAAUUGGAGAGGCAUUCUAUGAUAAACAAGAGAAUUAUAUUUAUUUCCUUACAAACAACAAGAGUCCAAUGGACUCGCAUCUAAUUGGGGUUGGCCUCAAACUAGGGAACUAUUUGGAGAUCACUGACGUAAAGCUGGACGGCUAUUAUUCAACUCAAUUUGCGCCCAAUGGUAGACUUGUUAAUUUACUUUAUGAGGGCCCUGGUGAACCUUGGCAAAAGCUUUUAAGUAUGGUCGAAAUACAUGAUCAGAUAGGUGAAGGAGAAGAUAGUAAUGACAAUGGAGGUAAUGGUGGGAGUGGUAGUAGUGUCAAAACGACAACUGAAGCAGCAAUAAAAGAAGUCAUUGAUCACCAACCACUAUUGAACAAGGUAAAAGAGUUUAGUGAAAAAAUUGAGACGUUAAAUUUACCCACAGUAGUUUAUAAAGAAAUCAAACUCAAAAAGGAGGAUAUCAAGAUAAGUGUCAAGGAAAUAUUUCCUCCUAAUUUCAAUCCUAAAAAUGGUAGGAAAUACCCAGUCGUUGUACAUGCAUAUGGAGGACCGGGAUCUCAGGUUUUGUUCAAAAAAUUUGAUAUUGAUUUUUUGCAAAUUCUAAGCGCCAAUUUGGACUCUAUAGUGCUCUUAGUUGAACCUCGUGGCACUGGAGGCAGGAACUGGGAGUUUGAGGCAUUUGCUAGUAGAAAGAUUGGGUAUUGGGAACCCCGUGACAUCCAAACAUUCACAUCAGAAUAUCUUGCUGUCAACAAGGAAUUUGUGGAUCCGCAACAUGUGGCAAUCUGGGGCUGGUCUUAUGGAGGAUUCACGACACUAAAAACUUUAGAAUAUGAUGCAGGCUCUAUAUUCAAGUAUGGUAUUGCCAUUGCACCAGUGACGAACUGGCUAUUCUACGACUCAAUUUACACGGAAAGAAUUAUGAAACAUCCACUGGAAAACUACAAUUACAAAGAAACAUCUAGAAUCAACGAUGUUGAAAAAAUCGCAAAAGCAAAGAGAUUCCUAUUAAUGCAUGGUUCAAGCGAUGAUAAUGUUCAUAUUCAAAACUCCAUGUGGCUCUUGGAUAAACUACAAACUGCAAAUGUAACUAAUUAUGACUUUGAGAUAUUUCCCGAUAGUAACCAUAACAUAAACUAUCGUAAUGCAGGAAAUAUGGUAUAUGGUAAGAUUCUUCGUUGGUUAAAGGAUGCAUUCAAUGGAAAACUUGAUGACUUGAAUUAA